AUGCCGAAAGCACCGGGUGUUCCACCGGCUGAAGCUUUUGAUGUGUCACUUAUGAAGCACGAUUACUUUCAUGGAUUGUUGCCACGAGAAGAUACCGCUGUACUAUUGACGAAACACGGCGAUUUCCUCAUACGAUUGAGUGAAGCAGAUACUAUGGGUACUAAACUGGAAAUGGUCUUGUCGGUGAUGCACGAUCCAAAAUCACGUUGUCGUGGCAAUGACCCUGACACAAGAAUGGACUUUGUACGGUGA